AUGCCAAGUGAUAACAAAAUGAUCGAUAGCUUCUAUGGUACUAAAAAGCUAAUGCGGGGAUUAGGCUUGCCAGUCGAGAAGAUUGAUUGUUGCAAAAAUGGAUGUAUGCUUUAUUGGCGUGAGGACAGUGAACUAAUCAAUUGCAAAUUUUGCUCUCAUCCUCGAUUUAAGAGAUCAAAACAUCAACAUUCCAAGAAGAAAACUAAUAUUUCUUAUAAGAAGAUGUAUUAUUUUCCUUUAACUCCACGGCUACAAAGGUUGUAUGCAUCUAAUGCAACAGCAAAACAUAUGAGAUGGCAUUCAGAGCAUGAAAGAGAUGGUGUCAUGCAUCAUCCCUCAGACUCUCCUGCUUGCAAGCAUUUUGAUCAGAAGUAUCCACAUUUUGCAUCUGAAGUUAGAAAUGUUAGAUUGGGUUUGUCUACUGAUGGGUUUCAACCAUUUGGUCAAUCAGGCCAACAAUAUUCCUCUUGGCCUGUGAUAGUUACACCAUAUAAUUUACCACCUUGGAUAUGCAUGAAGGAUGAAUACAUGUUUUUAUCUGUGAUUGUACCUGGUCCAAAAAAUCCAAAACAGAAAAUUGAUGUCUUUUUGCAACCCCUCAUUGAAGAGUUGAAAGAAUUAUGGGAGGUGGGAGUCCAAACAUACGAUGUUUCAAGUAAAAAUAAUUUUCAAAUGCAAGUUGCAUUGAUGUGGACAAUAAGUGAUUUUCCAGCAAAAGUCUCAUGGUUUGACAAUCACAGAAAGUUCUUGCCACCGGAUCAUCCAUGGCGAAAAAACAAAAAGUGGUUCAAGAAGGGUCAAAUAGUACAUAAGGUUGCAUCUACUGAACAAUCAGGUUUACAAAUACUUAGGGAGAUUGAGGAUUUAGGACUCAUGAAAGUGACAGAACUUUGUUCUGGCAAGGGAAAAACAAAGGACAAUGCCAAAUCUAGAGAAGAUUUAAAAGUACUUUGCAAUCGUCCAGAGAUGCAUCAGGAUGAAACAACUAAAAAGUAUCCGAAAGCUUGUUACAUGUUAGAUGAUAAUGCCAAAAAAGUGCUUUGUAAGUGGUUGGAAGAGUUGAGAUUUCCUGAUGGUUAUGUGUCUAACAUGGGAAGAUGUGUUGACAUGAACAAGCUUAAACUCUUUGGUAUGAAGAGUCAUGAUUGUCAUGUAUUUAUGCAACGGCUCAUACCUAUUGCAUUUCGAGAUUUGCUUCCACGAAAUGUGUGGGAACCAUUGACAGAGUUGAGUCUUUUUUUUAAAGAUCUCACUUCUACCUCAAUAACUGAGGAACACAUGAGACAAUUAGAAAGAAAUAUUCCUCUCAUCUUGACUAAGCUUGAGCGCAUUUUUCCUCCAAGCUUCUGGGAUUCUAUGGAACAUCUUCCCAUCCAUUUAGCUUAUGAAGCACGUUUAGCAGGCCCAGUUCAAGAACGAUGGAUGUAUCCAUGUGAAAGGUAA